UAUUCUGGAAUGAUAUCGAAGGAUUCCAGUGAUUUACAGACAAACUACGUACACGAAAGAUUAACAACUCAGAACUCGUCUGAACGCCUUCGAAGUCCUGAUACUCGAAUGUUGAAAAGAGGGCGGUCUUUAGGUGCUUUACUUUUUGGACGCAAACCGAAAGUAGUUCGUGAAGGUUCGAUGGGGAUAGGUGAAGCCAGCGUUCAUCAUGCGUUGGUCGUCAUCUUUCUUGAGUACUUUGCUUGGGGGCUUUUAACUGUGCCUGUGAUAAACGUUUUAGCAGAUACGUUUCCUGCAAAUAAGUUUCUAAUGAAUGGAAUAAUAUUAGGUAUAAAAGGAUUUCUUUCGUUUUUAAGUGCUCCAUUAAUUGGGGCUCUCUCUGAUACAUGGGGACGAAAGUCGUUCUUGCUACUUACUGUUUUUUGUACGUGUAUGCCUAUCCCGUGCCUAAAAAUAAGUCCAUGGUGGUAUUUCGCGCUGUUUUCUAUUAGCGGACUAUUUUCGGUAACAUUUAGCAUCAUACUUGCAUAUGUAGCAGAUGUAACUGAAAAAACAGAUCGUUCUGCAGCUUACGGUUUAGUCUCUGCGACAUUUGCGGCAUCUUUGGUAACAUCACCAGCGCUUGGUGCUUGGAUUUCUGAAGCAUGGAGCGAUGAAGCGGUUGUAAUGCUUGCAACUGCUGUGGCAGCUCUCGAUGUCUUGUUCAUUCUUGUAGCAGUGCCGGAAUCGUUACCUUUGCGUUUGCGACAUUCUUUAGACUCCAUGUCGUGGCAGGCAGCAGAUCCGUUUGGGACGCUGCGUUUUGUUUGGGAUGACCGAUUAGUCCUACAACUUGCGGCUAUCGUUUUUCUUAGUUAUUUGCCGGAAGCAGGGCAAUUUUCAUGUUUCUUCGUUUAUCUUAAGCUUGUGGUUGGAUUUUCUCCUGAAGCAGUUGCAGCAUUUAUUGGCUUGGUGGGAAUCCUAUCAGUUGUUGCUCAGACAGGAGUGCUUUUAGUUUUAACCCACACGGUGGGAACGAAGCAUACGAUCACUUUGGGUCUCUGUUUUCAAUGCGCUCAAUUAUUUUGGUACGGGUUAGCAUCAAGCUACUGGAUGAUGUGGGCAGCUGGGCUGCUGGCUGCAAUGAGUCAGCUAACCUAUCCAUCAGUGAGUGCUUUUGUCAGCAUACAAAGCGAUAGGGACAGGCAGGGUACAGUUCAAGGUGUUGUUAAUGGGAUUCGAGGCCUUUGCCAAGGUUUGGGUCCUGCCUUAUUUGGUUUUAUAUUCUACCAAUUUAACAUGGACUUAAAUAUCGACAGUGACGAAACAGGCCACGUUGGUAUCGUACAGUUUCCUGCGCCUCGCAUCCGUCCACAGCCAAUGCCUGGUUAUCUUCCAAAGCGUAAUAUCACCACGACAGUAAAACCUAGUCAUUACUGGAUACCGGGCCCUCCGUUUUUAUUUGGAGCGUUUAUGGUUCUCCUUGCUCUUCUGGUGAAUUCUUCUUUGCCUAAUAUAACAUCACAAGGGAAGUUGUUCCGUCGAGGUAGUGCUUCACACAGUCGUCAAUCAUCUGAUACAGCACGACUUCUUCAUUCCUCAUCUUAA